AUCGUUAGGCUCCUUCCGACAAGCUGCCCCAUGGCCCAGCCCUCCCGCUCAGGUGGCCUCCUGCUUCCGCUGGCUCCGGUGCCGCAGGUGUGGGCGCCUGCCGGGGCCACUGGUGAGGAGCAGUGGGAGAGAAGGCCCACAGGCUCUCUCGGCGGGGACGUUCGUGGCUGGCCCCUGCCGCUGGUGGCCGGGAGCAUCCCCUGCUUGGACCGACUGCCCGACGGAGCUCCAGAAGGGCAGCCGUGGUGGGCGGCACCGACGGACACGGGAGAGCACCAUGAGGCUGGUGCUGAGGACCGGAGGCAGAAGCCCGCCACUGGCGGGCUGAUCCCUCCUGCACUGCAGCAUCUCCGGGCGGUGUUGCUGCGGUUGCACCACGAACGGGAGCAGCUCCUCCAAGCCCGAGAUUGCGCCCGCCACCUACGGGCGGCCGUGCGCCUCCUGAAGAUGCUGAGUACUGGCGCGCUGUCCUCUGGCCUCUUGCCUCAGCUGUGUCGCGACCUGCUGCCGCAGCUUUCCCGAAGGGCAGUCCUGCGAACCUGCCUUCGGGAGACUCCGGAGCUGCUACUCCUGGCGCGCCCCGUUGGACUAGCUGCCCAGAGUCUGGAUGCUGUCAUCGAGAUACAGCUUCGCGCGUUGGGCCGAGCGCCCGCCAGCCCCAGCCUGUCAUCCCAACUGGCUGACCUGCUGCUGGCGCUUCCCACCUACCAUCAGCUGCAGGGAGAAGCCUUAAGUCACAUCCCAGGGGCAGCGCGCCCUUUCCCCCCGGACCGUGUGCUCUGCCUUCUCGCGGGGGAGCGGGGUUGCCUGGUGGCAGGUCGGCUGAAUGAGGCGCUCAGGGGAUUAGACUUGCGGGACCAGCUCCGCAUGUGGUGGUGUGAGGAGCAGGAGCUGCUGCCAGGGCUCUUGGGCCUAGUGGGGGGCGUGGCAGGUUCAGCCAGUAGUGGCCUGGGAAUUGGAGGAGCUGGAACCCUGUGGAGCCAGUACUGGACCCGGCUAUGGGCAGCCUGUGCGCAGAGUCUGUACCUAAGUCUAGGACCCUGGAAGGACCCCAGGGCAGCGGCACGACAACUGAGUCAGGCACUGGAUCAGGCAUCCCUGCCUCAGGAGUGUGAGAAGGAGCUGACUUCUUUGUGUCACAGCCUAUUUCAUCAGUCUCUUAUCCAGAGCUGGGACCAAGUCUUCUGCCAAGCCUUGGGCUCCGGUAGUGAUCAGAGCAGCCUUUCUUCAUCACGUCAUACCACUGAACUUCUACAACAGCUCUUCUCUCCUCUCUUGGAUGCCCUUCGAGAGCCCAGGUCAGGGCUGCGCCUCUGUCAGCCUCCAGGUCCUGCACUCCUUGCCCUGGGGCUCUGCACCUUGCAGACAACCUUGCUCUGGUUUUGGGGCAGAGUUCAGCAGCAUCUAGCAGUAUGGGCCCCAGAAUCCUUCCUGCUUCUGAUCCAGAAGGACUUACCUCCUCUGUUACACGAAGCAGAAGCUCUGUCCAGCCUGGCCUCAGGGGGCGUGGCCCUGGAGGUGGAGGAGCAGCUGGGCCUGGAAAUCCGGAAGCUGACCUUACAGAUGCAGCUCCUGCCUGAAGAGUCAUUAAGUCUCUUUCAAGAAUGUCAUAAACAAGCUACACAAGGCUUUGAACUUCACAUGCCACGGGGUCGGUACUGGCGACAUCCUCUUUGUCUUGAACUCCCCAGCAUUCCUAGUGAAUAUUCUCAGUUGGUGGUUCACACUGUACUGGAGCCUGUGUUGCAAGGAUUGCAGGGUUUGCCACCACCAGCCCAGGCCCCUGUCCUUGGCCAGGUGUUGACAGCCAUUCUGGGUGCCUGGCUUGACCACAUCCUCACCCACAGGAUUCGAUUCAGCUUGCAUGGAGCAUUGCAGCUCAGACAAGAUUUUGGAGUGGUCCGGGAGUUGCUGGAAGAAGAGCGGUGGGGCCUGUCACCUGAAAUUCGCCAGACUCUGCUCAUGCUCAACAUCUUCCAGCGGCUGGAUGGGGCCCUGCUGUGUCUGUUGCAGCAGCCCCUGCCCAAGACUCAAGUCCACAGAAGGCCUCCCUGUUGCUGUGCAUGUAAUGAGGUCCAGACCUCGGAAUUACCCAGCAGCAGCCUCAACACUGAGAGCUUGGAGCCCCCUCUUCGGACUGGAGCACCUCCAGCUCAGACAGCUCAACUGCAAAGUACACUGUGGGGUGGGGGACCUAGCCCCCAGGCUUACCUGGUGGGAAAUCAGCAGGCCUGGCUUGCCCUGAGGCAGCACCAGCACCACCCACGUUGGCACUUGCCUUUUCUUUCCUGCCUGGGGACCAGCCCUGAAUCCUAAGGAGUCUAAUCAGCAGCCAGAAAGUCAGUGUUCUGUAUUUCUGUCUAGGCUUUCCCAGACAUUUAGAAUUGCAUUUAAAGAAACCUACAAUUGGAAGCUUGGAAGAAAGCAUACCUAAGAAGCACAAACUAUACAGAGCCCUGGACUUACAAGCUAAGAAUCCAAGAUCACUCCAGUACCUGCGAUCCAGAGUAAAUGGCAACACCACAGCCUGGAACCUGGAGGGCCAGCAUCUCUGGAGGCUCAGGCCUAAUUCCCCAUCAGUAAAGACAUCUCAGGGCUAGACGCUGGAAGGAAGGGCUAUAGGGUUGCACUCCAGAGGAAAGGGAAAGAAGAAAAAGCAGCAGAAAGCAGAGAGCCUAGAUGCCACUUCUUAAGUUCCCAGAAUCAGGAUAAGCACAAAGUUAAUUUAUCAGGAACCAGAGGCGAAACAGUAAUUUCUACAGCUAGAUCAGUCCCAAGGGCUGUAUUACCCUGCACUUUUCUCCCCAUUACUACUUUCAGCUAUUGAAGCAUAUUGGGCUGUGGGACCUUCACGUUUAAGCUUUGGUUACUAAGAGUUCAACAUAUUUAAUCGUCAGUUACCUGAGUGGGGUUUAUCCCCUGGUAGGGGCAUAAUCGCUGUGGUGGUGAUGGUGUCUUCUUGGAAAGGACCAGCAAAUAACAUGGCGUUAACCUAGAUCGGGCACAGCAGGGAAGGUAAGGGGGGAUUCUGCGGCAGAAGACGGACGCGUGAUUAUCGGAGCCAGGUGCAGGCAGCUUUUACACUGUAUUUAUUGCCUUUACGUGGUACAAUAGGACCACGAAUGAUAGGCAGUAUUUGCUGAUCGCUUACUUUGGGCAACUCUAUACUCUGUGCCGAAACAAACUCUCCACCGGGGCCUGUCUCCUGGUCUGGCGCUGGGAGCCCACGCCUGCAAUUCCAGGAGGUCCCCGGCUUGCAGUCCGCACUCAGCGGAAGCUGGGGGGCGGGACCUGAGCCAUCGCGGCCACUCACAGCCACUUUCAAAGACUACAAGUCUGUUAGGCGAGUGCUUCCGGGGCGAGCGUUACCAUGGCGGCGGCCUUGGCUCGGCUGGGCCUCCGGGCUGUCAAAGAGGUUCGGGUUCAAUUCUGUCCUUUCGAGAAGAACGUGGAGUCAACGAGGACCUUCCUCCAGGCAGUGAGCAGCGAGAAAGUCCGCUCCACCAACUUAACUGCUUAGUGACUGCAGAUGUGAGGCACGACGGCUCCGAGCCCUGUGUGGACGUGCUUUUCGGAGACGGACAUCGCCUGAUCAUGCGCGGCGCCCACCUCACCGCCCAAGAAAUGCUCACUGCGUUUGCCUCCCACAUCCAGGCCAGGGCGGCGGCAGAGAGUGGGGACAAGCCUGUAGCUGGUGCUGGGCGCUGACAGCGCGUAAGAGACCAACAAGCAGAUUUUAGCUUGGGACUUACUAGGACACUUAUCCAAGAAAAGCUUAACUUAAUCACUCAAAUCAUCUUCAAGGCCACAGAGAGCCCUCCUCGCCCCCCGCGCAUCACCGCCCCCCCCCAAAAAGAGUCCUGUGACCACAAAUCUAACCAGUGCUUCUAGGACAUGUCGGGAUGUGGGAGGAACAAGUCGGGAUGCGGGAUGUGGACAAACUUAAUUUGUUGCGAUUUCUAACCAUCACUCACUGCUUAACCGUUUGAAUUUUACUUCUCGACCACUCACUCACAUCAAGGUACCUCUUAAACUUACUAGCUAAAUCCAAUGCUGUUUUCUCAGUCCUCAUCCUUCUAUCUCAGUACCACUUGCCUGUAGAACUUUUUCUCCUUUUUCUUCUCUUAACCAUAAAGGUACACUUUUUCGUUGUUUUGGGGGCAAUCUCAUCUUCUGAUAUAACUUGAACUGCCCUCUUAGGUUAAACCCUGCAUUUCUGUUUGGAUCUAAUCUCAACUUCUGUGCUAUAGUCAGGUUACCUACUCCUGAUUUUCUCCAAAUCCCACCAACAUUCUUUAUCCAAAAUAAUGAUAAUCUCACAUACACAUAUAUUUGCUUCUCCUCCUGACUUCCCCAUUCCUUUUAAAGACACUUAAUCUACUUCUUCCACCUUGGCUGGAAACCACAUUACCUCUAGUUCUGCCCUCUCUCCUUUUCCCUCAUAUCCAGUCGGAAAGUUCAGAAUAGUCUAUCUUAAACUAAAGCUCCUGAAAUGUUUUCUUCAUUCCCUUUUACUCUCCUGUAUUGUUACAUUUUCCUUCCUUGUCUCCUUUUUCUCACCAUUUUUGCUGCUGCUUAAUUUUACCUUUCCAAAGCAUAUCACUGGUUACGUCUCACUACUACUUGUUUCAGGAAACAGUGCCAAAAGUUCUUUUCAUACUGAGUUACCAGUGGAUCAUAAAAUCAAUUAGGGGGGUUAAAUCAGCCUUUCAUAAACAAAGUAAAAUAUAAUAAAAAGUAUCAGUGUAUGGCA